AUCUAGUCAAUCCUUGCUUACUCUCCACACAAAUCACUCUUCCUGGCUAGCCAUGGCCGUCCGUAACUGCUUCCUCCAAGCUCCACCGCUCUCUCGCUUUUUACUAACGGUUUUCUCUACCCGCGCUACAAAUCUCUCCGCCGGUUAUGGUCGGCUCAAAGGCACCGUCAUGUUCUCCUCCGCCGUGAACCGGAUCGGGCCUUUGACAUCUCCGGUACGGGCUGAAGUAAAGCGCCUCUCGCGCAAGGACGAUGAAGUAGCUUCGGUUUCUGAUCUUCAAUUCGAGACGCCUUUGAAGAUUGUUGAGUAUCCGGAUCCUAUACUACGGGCUAAGAACAAGAGGAUUGGUGUUUUUGACGAGAAUUUGAAGAACUUGGUCGAUGCUAUGUUUCAUGUUAUGUACAAAACGGAUGGCGUGGGGCUGUCAGCACCACAAGUAGGUCUGAAUGUUCAACUGAUGGUGUUUAAUCCCGCUGGGGAGCGUGGUGAAGGAGAAGAAAUCGUUCUUGUGAAUCCGAAAAUCAAUAAGUAUUCUGACAAAUUAGUACCAUUUAGCGAAGGAUGCCUCUCCUUCCCUGGGAUCUAUGCUGAUGUUGUUCGACCACAAUCUGUCAAGAUUGAUGCAAGGGACAUUACUGGUGCAAGAUUUUCAAUCAGUCUAUCUCGUUUACCUGCACGGAUCUUUCAGCACGAAUACGACCAUCUGGAGGGAGUUCUCUUCUUUGACAAAAUGACGGAUCAAGUUCUUGACAGCAUUCGUGAAGAGCUAGAGGCCCUAGAAAAGAAGUAUGAAGAAAAAACUGGAUUGCCAAGCCCUGAAAGAGUACAAGAACGACGAAAAAGGAAAGCAGGUGUUGGUUUUGGCAAGCGUUGAUGAAACAUUCCCACUCAAAUUUCAUCUUCGUGUAGGACAUGGGAUUUAACUAUGGUAUAAGAAGCAGACAAUGACAAGAAGCAUGUUUGCCUUUCUAAACCAAGAGGUGUGAUGCAAAUCUCCCAAACAUGAUGUACGGUUGAGACACAGAUCAUAUAUUUCAGAAUAUUUUUUGCCAGAGUAAUGUAUCAAUUCAGAUCGUCUAUAUAAUGUUGGCCUUUUAGCUUAAACUUUGGAACAGCGUUUUGAAUGUUCCUGCCGACUACGUUCUACCAUGUGCGUGGUUUAUUCUUUGUUACCAAGUAAAAUGCAUUACUUGUUUACUUGUGUUGGAAUUUUUGAUAAAGACCACUUUUAUAUAAUAUUUAGCUCUCAUUUUGUA